AUGUAUUCUAAAAGCAAGCGCUAUUUUGAAAUAUGGUGGCAAGGAAUAAAGAGUUUGCCACAAAAAACAUCGAUACAUGGCUUUCGUUUUAUUGCAGAUCCUAAACGACAUUGGAUAGAAAGGCUCUUUUGGCUGAUAUUUGUAGCUAUGUCCUGGUAUGGAUCUAUUCUGCUUAUAAUAGCUCAGUAUAGAGCAUUCCAGAAUAGUCCAAUUUCUUUUGUUGUCGAAACAACUUAUAAGGACUGGAACACACAAUUUCCUUCUAUUGCUGUUUGUGAACAAGAUAACUCGGUUCGCAUUGGAGCUGUAUCAGACGGCUUAUGGGGAAGCGAUCACGAUUUUAAUAUGGAAGAGGUUUUGAAGGAGAUAGCUUUUUUCAAAGGUGUCACAUAUUACGUGUCGGAAGUUUGUCAAGGAGAGGAUAGUGCCGAAGAAUGUUUUAAAUCGAAUUUAACCUACUACGCUAAUUUGGUGAGGAGCGAUUGCAACGAUGUAAUGGCGAAUUGUUCAUGGAAUCAGAAGUCAUUUGAUUGUUGCCGUUACUUUCGACCCGUUGAAACGGAAAUCGGUCCCUGUUUCAUUAUAAACACGAUACAAGGGGGAGAGGAAGUUCCAAUAUUAAAAAUGCACAGCAAUAGAGCGACGGGGCCUGGCAGAAUUCAAUUUGAUGUCAUGUUGCCUGUGAGUGUGUAUGUACUGAAUGAAGAAGACGUCCCUUCAUUAAGCUACCUCGGAUCAGAAAUUAUGAAUGUCGGCUUAGAAACACAUUACAGGCGUUACAUAACAGUAAAAAACAUAGAAAAUGACGCAACAGCACGAAUGAUAACACCAGAAAAGAGGAGGUGCAGGUAUUCAGAUGAGAAUAAUCUACAAGUAUAUCCAUAUUAUUCGUACUCAGCGUGUACAGUGCAAUGUAGGAAGGACGCUCAGAUGAGAUUAUGUAACUGUUCAAAUUUCUUCAUGCCAAAUACACCAGAGGAUGAGAAAUGCGAUCUAAACGGUAUAAUUUGUCUUAAUGACAAAGUCAAUCAUCUUUCUGUCUUAAGAGCUCGAUGGUCAAACCACCCAGGGCUUUUCUGUGAUUGUCUUCCGUCAUGUACAGAAGCAGAGCUGACUAUUGUAAAAGACUUCAUUAAACCAACUGGUCUUAAUUAUGCCACUGUUGAGAUACAGCUAUCGGUUUUACCUAGUGAAAGGUAUAGGCGAAACGUUGUUAGGGGCGUUCUUGAUUUAGUUGUGUCAACUGGAGGGACAGGCGGUUUGUUCUUGGGAGUGAGCAUUUUGAGUGUAUUAGAGCUGCUCUAUACACUACUAUUGAGACCAUUUUUUGACAUUUACAGCCAACGUAACGAAGACCCGUGGCAUAAAAAAUAUGGAAACAGACGUAUUGAGGACAGCAAAUUUAAAUUUAAGAAAAAUACAAAUAAGUUGAUUAUGAAGAAAAGGCUAAAACAGAAAAUGUAG